AGAUUUAGAAGCCAACAGGAAAAUGUCUGCUGAGUUUUUCACUCGUUUAAAGAGAAUUAUGUACACAGCAAGCGGUAUACUACUAGGCCUCACUUCCAUAAAGCAUCUCUUUCCCUCGAUAACCAAACAAGAGAGUGAACUUAAAAUCAAUGUACCUCCAGAGCUCCAGGCACGCGUUGAGGCCAUUGCUACCUCAAUGCAUGUAGGAAUGCCGCAUCGCAUUAAAGUCUACAUUAACAAGGGAUUAAGCAGUAAUAGUGCUGGUAAUUCGAUAUUUCCUUACGGAGCUGUUGUUGGGCUUUCAAGUACUGUGCUAUGUCACACUACGAAUGAUAUUGAGAAACUGGGAUUAGAGCUAUGCGGUGAAGAGAUUGAUUGGAGGUCAAAGGAUGGUCAACUGAUUGCUGAGUUACUCUUACCAACCAGGGAGCAAGUCGACUUUGCAAUCGCUCACGAAUUGUCUCAUAUACAACAUUUGGACUUUCUUUCUCGCUCUUUGCUAGCCGCAGUAUCACCAGUUAUAGUCUACCAUGCAACCUCAAUCCUACCUCAAUUUUUUACUAUAAAGAACCCAAUGGUACAGCUGCUACCGUUUACAAUAGGUGGAGUCUAUUUUAUUUAUAACAACAUUUACUAUGCUUUAUGUCAUUGGCAAGAACACAGAGCUGAUAACAGGGCGGGGCUAUGUGGGCGGAGCUACAGUGAGGGUGGGAUCACAUUCGCAAAGAAGAGGAUUGAAUUAGAUAAAAGAUUAAGAGCAUUAGAUGACACUAGCUCAAGGUCAAAAUCGUUCCCGACUAGUUUCACUUCUCAUCCUUCAUUCGAAGAUCGGCUAGAGAGAUUGACUGCUUUACACAGAAAACAACAAAUGUAACUUUAUUAUCAACAGAAUGC